UCUGUUAUCUCUAACACACGUUAUCAAUUGUACAGUUCUACAUAUCUAACGUUAGAAAGCUUAAUCCAUUACCCUUAACAUUGAAACCAUAUUUUUCAUGAUUCUACGUUCAAAGGUCAUACGCCAUAGAUAUGCACUACUGUGUGUCGCAACAUGAAAGUAAUGUUACCUACCUACCUACCUAGUCCCUAAGUAAUGUUACCUAACGUUUAUAUACUGCCAAAUUCCUCAACCAUCACAGUGUCUGACAUUGGAAGGGGAAUCGAAUUUUCAGCUUUUAUCUUGAUAAAAGCUACUUGAUCUUCCAAGAUUCAGUGUCAAAAUCUAGCCAUUACUUUAAAGGGACCAUUGAUUGUGUGGUCAACUCAUACGAUCAUGACGAUAAGGGAGCUUUCACAUAAUCAUGAUAAUCUUCUUAGACUUACCGAUCUACGGGUGACGCAAAACGUGUAACUGAUUUCUUACGGCCCACGCAGGUAACCAAUCAGCUCUCUGGGGAGAAUAGCGUCACAGGAUAUGAUAAUUAGCUUCGGACCAGCGCGGAUUUGGUCCAAUCCACGACCGGUAAACGAAUGCUAUUUCCGUUAAUCCGGGCUUUUAGUGGGGCUAAAAUAUCAUCUGGAAGCGCCUGAUUGAAGUAUUUUCUACUAUAGACUCAUUUUCCCGGCGAUUCUGACCAAAAAUUUGCGAAAAUCGUGACGAGAAUUCAGGGUAAGCUGUACCCAACAGGCACUACUACCGAUCCAAGAUGGCGGAACCCACGAGCGAGGAAGAUGGUGUUUCUCUGAACAAUGUAAAUAGUGCUCCGAUGGAUGUAAUACAAGAAGGCACUGUUUCAACGGAACCCUCUGACAGUGAGUCUGUCGUGUCUAAGACGUUUGACAAGAUGUCUAACUCAUUGGUUACUGUUUCGUCGAGCAAUGGCGAUCAAACUACUUCGGUUUCCGCCGACCUACAGGGUACGCUUACCGAGGAUGUUAUGACAGAGUACGUAGAAACGCCCACCCCAGUGUCGUCCGACCUGACGUCUUCUGCAGUGAGUACUAUUCUAACAGAUGAAAUGACUGGAGGGGAAGGGAACGGGGUUAUGUACGUUCAGGGUACUGGGAUGGUCGGAGAAACGCAGCUAACCCAUGAAGAGGCCAGGCUUCUGGAAGAACAGGCCCAGCAGCUAACGGAGGAACAGCAGGCAGAGCUACUGCAGCAACAGCAGAAUGACUUAUUGCAGCAGCAGAUCUUUGACCAGCAGACCAUUGUCCACCAGCAAAAUCACAUCAUAAACGAGGAAGGUGUGACACAUGCACUUAUCCAGUCACAGGAGCAGCAAACGCUGGAAGGACAGGUGGUUGACCAACAGACAAUAGCUUUGGAUGAACAGACACAGGCAUUGCUCCAGGAACAAAUCAAUCAGCAGCUAGCAGAACAGGAAGGUUCAGUAGUGAUUCAAGAUCAGAUGCAGGUACUGUCGGACAGUGGACAGUCUACAGGACCUGUACAGGACAUACAGGCAAGUAUGCAGCCACAGGUAGCACAGACCACAGUAGGCACAGGUGUUCAGGUGGCAACGACAUCACAGUCACUUGGGCAGGCAUCACAGGUGAUACAGCAGGUGGCACAGGCUGUAACACAAACUGCUGCACAACAGUCUACUAACCAACAGUCACAGGCCAGACAGACUAUAACAGUUGGUAACACCACAUACAUUCUCCAGCAACCUACCCAAAAACCUGCAGGUGGACACACUGUAUAUGUCCUGCAGAAGCCUGGUCAGUCUAAUGUACAACAACAGGUACAAACGGUGACAGCGGCUCCACCAACAUCACAACCAAAUGUACAUGUGGUACCACAGACUGGUUCUGGUAGUGCUAACAGUAACACAGGUAAACAAACAGUGUACCUUAUUCACAGAACUGGGCAAAACACACAACCGAUCCAAAUUCUACAUAAGCCAGGACAACAAAUCCAGUACAUCAUUGCUCCACAAGGUCAGACAGUUCAUAUUGCCCAGCCAACAGGGGCUACACAGGUGUUACAACAGCAGGCACAGCUAGUGCGCCAACAACAGCAAGUGCUAGUGAUUCCUCAGAACCAGCCAAAGAAAAGAGGCCGUAAACCAAAGGCUGCUUUGGCUGAAAAACAGAAUGGAGAAGUUGAUGAUUCUGAAGAUAAAGAGAAGAAACCUCACAAACAGAUGACAAGAUCAGGACGAGUCUCCAGACCACCAUCCUACAGAGUCAGAGACUACAAAGUUAUCAAGACAGAGGACUUGGCAGACAGCCAAGACUCCUCUGAAGGGGAGUACUCUGACUACAGCCCUGAUUCAGAUGAUGAUGCUGCAAAGCUGUCCAAAGACGACAAACCGUAUGUUCCACUGAUGUCAGAAAAGCCCAGAGGCUGGAAGUGUGAGACCUGUGAGAAGGCAUACAUUGGUAGAGCAGGACUGGGACGUCACUAUAGACUGUACCCUGAACACGGGCACUUGGAGCCAGAGGAAGGUGAUGAGAAAACACCUGGUACUCCGGUAGAAAAAGACAGGCGUUCCCAAGGCAAUGCUGAUGUUUUAUCUUCACCUAUAGGAACUGUCACCAGCUUUUCUGGCACAAUUGAAACAAGCGGACCCCCACCACAGACACCCAGCACCGCAUCCAACAAUCGGGCGGCAGUAGGUAGUGAGACUCCUGUCAAGAGGGGACCAGGCAGACCCCCCACACAGCAUGGUGAGGCCAGAAGAAAGGCCAAGUUCAGAGAGCUGUUGAAGCAGAUGAAUGAUGAGGAGCUGAUGGAACUGGCGCUGCCCCGCCUCACCAAGGCCAUCACGCUCUGGGAGUUCCUGCUCAUGAAGGUGGAGCGAGGACGGCCCUCAAGAGCCCAUUUCCCUGAUGUGUACCAGGAGUACGAGGUUCUGCACAAACACGUGCAGAAGAUGGCAGAGGAGUACAUGUUACAGCAGCCAGCUGUCACACCAAGCCAGCCCAGCCUGGUCAUACAGAGUGAGACUGUGGCCAAGUCUGUUGGUAUCACACCAGAACUUCUACAGAAGGGAAAGGAAGCCGCACAGGUACAAGCCUCAGACUCCAUUCAGUACAAGUUAUUGGUAACAGAUCCAUCAGAUGCCACCCACACCACCCAUGAAAGAAGAGUUGUUGAAGUAGUCUCUCCAGG